UCACUUUCCCCCCUUCAAAAUCGAACCCACAAACCAAUUCUCCUACUCUCUACUUCUCCCUUUUUUUUCUAAAUCGAUAAUCACAAAGUGUUUUUCUAAUUAAUUUUUGCAAUUAUGGCUCAAAAAACAGAGAAAGAAGAGACGGAAUUCAAAGUCGUACCGGAGACUAUCACGGUGUGUGUUAAAUGCGGUGUUGCUGGUAAUUCUGCGCCCAAUGAUUUGUGUAAGAAAUGUUUCAACGCCACCGCAGCUGGCUCUGCAUCCACCGUGGUCACGGCGGCGGCCGGAUCUAAGAAACUAUUUAGAUCCAGCUCGUCCUCGAGGUCUUCGCUGGAGAGGAAAUUCAAUCAGGUUCAGAUCCGUAAGGAUUUGAAGAAAGAGGAUUCGGAUUCGGUGGAGGUUGUGCUGUUGAAGCGGGAGGUGAAUCGGUGCUCCGGUUGCCGGAGGAAGGUAGGUUUGACCGGAUUUAGAUGCAGAUGCGGCGAGCUCUUCUGCGCCGAUCAUCGGUAUACGGACCGACAUGAUUGCAGCUACGACUACAAGGCCGCCGGACGAGAGGCCAUCACGAGGGAAAAUCCGGUGGUUAAAGCAGCUAAAAUUGUCAAAAUUUGAAGAAAAAAUUAUCAAAUUUAUACGCAUGUGUGUCAAUCCAGAAGCACGUGAAGUGAAGUUAAUUGAAAUUGAUCAAAAUUUGUAGAGCCUGGCUCGAUCUUCAUCGUUAACGUGUCCUUUAUAGAAAGAGGACGUGAAAUUGAAAGGGGAAAAGAGAGACGGAGAGGAAAUUCGACGUUUCUUUUCCUUAAAAUCUUCUGGUUUUGUUUCAUCUUAUGCUGUAAUUUAUUUCUGUUUAAUCCGGAAAUGGAAGGUUGUGCUUUCGAAUAAAUAUAUGCGUGUUGCAGUUUCGAUUUCUGGGUUCAUUUUGGAAUAAAAUUAAAAUUUUGC